AUGCCCCGGCGGAAGGCAGACGCAGCCAGUUCGGGGAACGGCACGGGGGUAUCGCGCAAACGGGCGAGCACCGGCCGGGGGGCCCCGCUGACCGCCAAGAGGAAGAAUCGGGGUGGUGGGGGCAGCAGCAGCAGUAGCAGCAACAACGGGGGCGGGGGCAGCAGCGGAGAGGAGCAGGAUGGGCUGGUGUUGCCCCUGCUCUCAGCCCCCGGAGGAAGCAAAAAGACGCCCCGGUCUGGAGGCGGGCGAGAACAGCAAAGCCCCCCCGGUUUGCAAUCGCCCCAGGCCGCCGUGGUGGUCAGCGAGCCCGAACACACCAAGGAGCGCAUUAAACUGGAAGGCUCAAAGUGUAAAGGACAGCUUUUGAUAUUUGGGGCCACGAACUGGGACUUAAUUGGCCGAAAAGAAGUCCCAAAGCAGCAAGCUGCGUAUCGCAACCUUGGCCAAAACCUGUGGGGGCCGCACAGGUACGGAUGUCUCUCGGGAAUCCAAAUCCGGACGGCAAUUUCGGGUCCGUGUGCUGCUCACAGCCUCUUCAUCACCGUGGAAGGGAAGCUGUGGAGCUGGGGACGCAACGACAAAGGGCAGCUGGGCCACGGAGAUACCAAGCGGGUCGAUGCCCCCAAGCCUAUAGAAGUGCUCAGCAGUGAGACAGUUGUGUCAGCCGCUUGUGGGCGCAACCACACACUGGCCCUGACGGAGAAUGGAGCUGUCUUUGCUUUUGGAGAGAACAAGAUGGGGCAACUAGGAUUGGGGAACCAGACAGAUGCCAUUCCCAGUCCUACCCAGAUCAUGUACAACGGCCAGCCAAUUACCAAGGUGGCGUGCGGGGCUGAGUUCAGCAUGAUUAUGGAUUGCAAAGGGAAUCUCUACUCGUUCGGUUGCCCUGAGUACGGACAGCUAGGGCACAACUCCGACGGGAAAUUCAUCGCCCGAGCCCAGAGGAUAGAAUACGACUGUGAGUUAGUUCCUCGCCGUGUGGCCAUCUUCAUCGAGAAGACCAAAGAUGGCCAGAUCCUGCCAGUCCCGAACAUCGUCGUGAGGGAUGUGGCGUGUGGUGCGAAUCACACGCUCAUCCUGGACUCACAGAAGCGUGUCUUCUCCUGGGGAUUUGGCGGUUACGGCCGAUUAGGACACGCGGAACAGAGGGACGAGAUGGUGCCCCGGUUAGUGAAGCUUUUCGACUUCCCCGGCCGGGGCGCGGCGCAGAUCUACGCAGGCUACACCUGCUCUUUUGCAGUCAGCGAAACAGGAGGCCUGUUUUUCUGGGGAGCGACGAACACUUCCCGGGAAUCAACCAUGUACCCCAAAACCGUGCAGGAUCUGUGCGGUUGGAAAAUCCGUAGCUUGUCUUGUGGGAAGAGCAGCAUCAUAGUGGCAGCUGAUGAGAGCACAAUCAGUUGGGGUCCUUCUCCGACCUUUGGAGAGCUGGGUUACGGAGAUCACAAGCCGAAGUCUUCCACUUCAGCUCAGGAAGUGAAAACGCUGGAUGGGAUUUAUACAGAACAGGUGGCCAUGGGCUACGCUCACUCCCUGGCGAUCGCCCGCGAUGACAACGAAGCUGAAAAGGAGAAGAUCAAGAAAUUGCCAGAAUACAACCCACGCACCCUCUGA